AUGGGAAACUGCAUUCACACGUUGCUCUGCAAGCAUGGAAACAAGGUUACAGAUGUCUGGUCGGAUGAUGAGGCAUCAACAGAGAAGAUCAAGGAGUCACCUCAGGAUGCAGCUGAGCAGAAGAAAACAGGGACAAGGCGGUGCAUAAAGAUCACUCUGACUAGGAAACAGCUCGAGCAGCUGCUGCAACAAAAUCCUCAAGGCGUUUCAUUUCAGCGGAAAUGGAAGCCAUCUUUGCAGACAAUAGUAGAGAAGAUCUUGUGGCUGCUGAUAUGUAAAGUUACAGCUCUUGUAAUGGAGUUUUUGGAUUCAACAUCUCUCCAUUUCUCUCCUCUCUCUCUUACCAAGUUCAAUCACAAGGAAAUGGAGAUCCAGGCAAAGCUCAUGGAAUACAGAUUCCAUUUCAUGGUGACAAUCAUGGUGAGCGUGAUUGUGGCGUCUCUCGUGUAUGCAGCACCAAGGAUUCUGAACAUUUUAGCCUAUUUCUGGCCUCUGUUUGCGUCAACAGCCGCCUUCUUAGCGAUGGCAAUCACCUUUGGUGGCUUUCAACAGCUUUCAGAAGAAGCCACCGGCGAGAGACUGAUGGAUUACGUCGCCGGACGGCCUGAGGAUUCUCACAAAAACAACUUGAGAGACGAUAUAGAAGCUACCACCUAAGAUGAGUAGAAUGAGAAUGGCGGAGAUUGGGUUCUUGAGGAGCUCAAAGAUGGGCUCAAAGACAGCAGAGAGAGCUCCAGUGCUAACCGUGAGAGCGUAAAGACCGUACCUUCUAACGUUGUCCCAAAACUCUUCCAUUAAAGGACCUUCUGGUCCAAGCGCCAUAGCUUUCUCUGCAUCCAUUCCCAAUACCAAAACCAUCAUCAACCCUACAGAGACUCCACCAACCACAGCAUAUCUCCAGUGCCGUUCCAAACCCAGAGGAGGAGGUUGUGCUCUUUCAAGCUUGCUGUUUCUGCUACUUUUCGUAGUCAAUCUUCUUCUGGCUGAGCCACACCGAACAAGACAUGAUGUUCUGUUCCUUAUGCUUGAGCUUGGAAAAGCUAGAGCUGCUGCUAUUGAUCUGCUACUGGUAAAAUGGAGGUGUGGUUGCAGACAAGAUAGUCUCAUUUUGGGGAGAGACAUCAUCGUCAUCUCACUUCUUCCUUUCCUUGUAGGAGUCAGAUUCUUUCUUAUAUACUAAAACAUUUGGUUUAGAUUGUGUGGCUCUGAUUCACCUUAUCUCUUU